AUGGCAUACACAGUAGAAAAUAUACAGAAAUUCCUGCUGACCACCACCUCAUUGUGGUCUUUUCCAUUGUUCUGUGCAUACCUCAUCAUGAUUAUGUUGUCACCUAUCUACCAGAGAGUUACCUCCCCUCUCCAAAUGAGACCAAUCCUGAUAAUCCACAACUUUGCCUGUAGUGCUGCCAGCCUGUAUGCCAUGUUGGGAUUACUGUAUGGUCUGUCUCAGAGUGAGUCAACAUUCCAGAAAGGCCCAUCUGAGUUGAUGAUCCCAUUCUUCAGGAUUUAUUGGAUAACAAAACUCGUCGAGCUAUUGGACACUGUCUUCAUGAUGCUACGUCACCGUCGCCGGCAGAUUAGCUUCCUGCAUGUGUACCACCAUUGCUCCAUGUUGCUGCUGAGUGACGUAUCAUACAACGUGUAUCCCUGGCCCUGUAUAGCCUUCUACCUGGCCAUCAACUGUUUUGUACAUAUUGUUCUCUACCUGUACUAUGGCUUAAGUGCUACAUUCCCAGACAAGUCCUUUCCUUGGAAGAAACAUAUCACACAGUUGCAGCUUCUACAGUUUUUUAUAGGAUUCAUUCAUGCAACUACAGGGUAUCUAUAUUAUGGUUUUUGUAUUUAUGGAAUUUUUUAUGGAAUGUCUAUGACCAUUCUGUUUUCGAAUUUUUAUUAUAUAGCCUAUAUUAAGGAAAAACAUCCCACCAAACUACACAAGUCUUAGACACUAAAGGGCCAGACUGGCAUAUAUCCAUACUUAUAUAAUUUACCAAUAGAUACUCAUUUACUGUAUAGAUGUGGCUUGACAUUUUUGUAGAUUUACACAUAGUAUACAUGUGUAAGCAAUGAUACA